AGAAGGCGUGGAGCUGUCAAGCGGCCAUGUUGGAAAUUGUUAUCAGCUGAUGGGGAGAGACGUUGCGACGCGAAACAUUUGUAACUUUUAAUCUCCGAGCAUCGGUGUCCAUUUAGAAUUUUUAGAGGUUUUAGUCGCCACCAAAACGGCCAUGAAUAAUUUCGUGAAUAUGUGGAGAGUACGGGAGUUGGCGGAUAAAGUUACGAAUGUAGUAAUGAAUUACACUGAAAUUGAAGCUAAAGUAAGAGAAGCAACAAAUGAUGAAGCGUGGGGACCCACAGGAGCAUUAAUGCAAGAGAUAGCUCAAGCUACGUUUACAUACGAACACUUUCCAGAAGUAAUGCAGAUGCUUUGGAAAAGAAUGCUACAGGAUAACAAGAAAAAUUGGAGGAGAACUUAUAAGUCACUUUUACUUCUGAACUACCUUGUGAAAAAUGGAUCUGAAAGGGUAGUAACAGCUGCAAGAGAGCAUGUAUAUGAUCUUCGCUCAUUAGAGAAUUAUACCUAUGUGGAUGAUUUGGGGAAAGACCAAGGUGUUAAUAUCCGCCACAAAGUUAAAGAGCUGAUGGACUUUGUUCAGGAUGAUGAUCGUUUACGAGAAGAACGUAAGAAAGCUAAGAAGAAUAAAGACAAAUAUGUGGGAAUGUCCAGUGGAGCUAUGGGGGGUCGCUAUGGAGGUGAUAGGUGGGAGGAACCUCGAUGGAGACGAGAAGAGUCAGGUGAUGGGUGGGGCGGUGGUGGCAGCAGUGAGCGAACUCAAGGCUUUGAAGAAAAGUCAUCCAACCACAGUGAUGAGGGAGGUUAUGAAUCUGAUCCAGAAAUUAGCAAUCCAAGGUCUAGGAAUUAUGACAGAGAACGUGGAAGUGGAAGUGGCAAAGAAUACAAAGACAAUGACAGCAUUGGUUCUGGAAGUGCUGUCUCGUCCCCAACAACUCCUUCUGAGAGGGGUCCAAAAUCUGUCACAUCUCCUAUCAAAAAGUCUUCCCAGCCUAGUAAGAAAGUUGACUUGGGAGCAGCUGCUCAGUACGCCAAGGCAAAUUCAAAUACAAUCAAACAGUCAAAUUCAUCUCAGAAUGCGUCUGAUCUCUUUGCGGAUUUUGGAAAAGAUGUUUCUGCCACAUCUCAAUCAGAUGACUUCUUCAACCCUCGGGGAGGAGCUGUUUCACUGCCUGGUGAAUCAGCUGAUUUUGGUGAUUUCACCAGUGCAUUUGGUAAUGAAUCAAAUGCUCCAGAUACUACUCGAGUGAAGGGAGAAACUGAUGAGUUUGCUGAUUUCGGCUCAGCCUUUACAAGUACCUCAGGGAACAGUGGAGGCAACUCACUUCCUGCUUUUGCAGCAUCAGGCAAUGCUCCUGUACAAAACCAGAACUUGAAUAAUGGAAACAUAAUAAGCUCAUCAAAUGAUAUGGGUUUGCUGAAUUCUGACCUGUUAGGUGGAUUAUCCAGUAGCUUUUCAUCCUUAUCGACUGGUGGUGGUAUGAACAAUGGCAGUGUUGACACCAAAAACAACAGCAACCUCUUGGAUGAUGCAUUUAGUUCUGAGUGGGAGUCUGGUUUGGACCGUGCCAUUGUGACCCUGCUUGACGACUUGGCCUUGAAGAAGUUACCUCAUAGACCCUCUGAAGACUGCUUGCAACAAAUAUGUCAAUACCUCCCUGGCAUCAUCACAACCCAACGGCUUGAGGGUCUGGAUGAAGAGAAUAUUGUCUUGAAGGAAACUUGGAACAAACGCUAUCUGGAAUUAAUUGGUGUUCUCGUUGCGAGAAUAAGCAGUGACUGGCCUUUAGAUUCAAGUGGCGCUCUCGACAAGUACUUUGCACAAAUAAUAGCACCUGAAGGAGCAUCAUCUGCUAUGCUUUUUCAGUCUUUAAAGUCUCUGACAAUUUUUUUACAUAACAUGCCCCUGUCUGGAAGGUGUCAUGCUGUUGUAGCUCUGUUAGUUCAUCUAGUUCAAGGUUCUGCUGUGUUUUCAGCCACCUUGAUGAGUUGUGUUAAUAUAUCCUCAAUAGAAGAUCCUCUAGAGCAGCAUAUUGUAAGGGAAAUGUGGGAGGAGUGUGUAAGGUUGCUAGUGUCUCUACCCAAUCGUGCCGCCAAUGUAAUGAAAAGCAGUACCCCUGUUAAUAUUUUACCAGUCAAGUUUACAAAAACUCUUUGUUAUCAUGUUGCUUGCUGUUUAUCAUACAUAGCCAAUUCAGAGAGGCAAAUCAGCAUUGUUCCUGUUUCAAUUCUUGUGAAUCGCAUUCUAGUUGAUUUUAAACCCCAUAACAAUGACAGCGGUGUUGCAAUGUUAAUCCGAGCAAUAACAAAGUGGUGUGCUAUGGACUUGGCUAAAGUACGCUCUGUAGUUCCAGCAUUGUUAACCAGCUUGAAUAAGCAAGCUGUGGAAUCAGUUUGUGAAGUGAUUUUGAGGGAAUGCUUUGACCUUGGAUGUGAAGUCAAGUACGUGUUAGGUAAAAUUGUAAUGGAGUCAUCCGAUUGGAAGUAUGUAUUAUGUUCAAAGUUGCCUCUGCUGCAAUAUUCCGACUACAAUGAUACUAGAGUUCUCUGUGCUUUGGCCAGUUAUUUGAAGGCCUUCCCAGAUUUUAGACCCAUUCUGAAGGAUCUGGUGGUAAGACUUCUUUCAGUGUGGGGAGAUCGUAGUGCUUUAAUUCAUACACCUAUGGAGCAGCACAUUUAUGUAACUCAAGCUCUGGUUCUAUUUUCUCUGAGUUUCCACUUCUGUGAUGGGGAAAAGCUGUCCACUAUUCCUUUGACAAAUCUAUUUAAGGGUGUUCAAAUUCAUCUGGAGUCGCCUGUUGUACAAAUUCGUGCUAUUGGUAUGAUAACAGCAGAAAUUCUCACUAAAUACUUUAUUGGUAAUGAUGAUUCAGCAGAGUUGAAAUUUGAUUACUCUGGCAUGGACCUUGAUAGUCUCAAAUUGGUGGAAAUGGUCAAGAAUUUAAAUACAGAUUUCCCAAAGAGUAGAAAAUUUGAAAAUGAUGGCAAUGCUAUUCUCCUUUCUCUUGCUGAGGACUGUGGAAUGUUGAGUAAGAAGACUCGAGAUGAGGGUUUACCGGCAGUGGUUCCUCUGAAGUGCUCUGGUGGCGAGCCCUGUCCAAAAUCUAUUUCAGAUAAUAAUACCUUCAGAGCUGAAACUCCAGAAAUGCUUGACAGUGAUGAUGAUUUGGAGCCUUUCGAUAUGUCAAAUGAUAAACCUAUCUCUGACCGUAAAAAACCUCUGUAUUUAAGAGACAUGCUUGAGGGCCUCUAUGAAACAGAAGAUAUGGAUCGUUGGUGUGGCAGUAUUAGCUCAUGUGAGGAGUUAGUCCAAAAGCAAAUGCCUCAAGAAGAUGAAUCACUUGCCAUUCUAAUUCUUGAAGCAUUAAUUUCUCUGGAACCAAGGUUUCCUCUGGAAAACUUUAGUGAUCUCCAGUUAAAGGGGGCUAUUGCAGUGUUGUGUUGCUUUCCCUCCUCUUGUGCUGAGCAUCUUGCCAAACUAUUUCACAAGGAGAAAGGAACUUAUUCAAUUGCCCAAAGAUUGCUCAUUCUUCACAUAUUGACUGAGGGAGCACAGUCCUUGUCCUCAAUUCCAUCAGUGUCUGUCAAGAAAGAAAGCAUAAGUAGUGAUAAGACUGUAUCCAACUCAUUUAAUAAUCAUUCAGGUGUAUUUGAAGAGGUGCUUGAUGAAUUCUCUCAAUUGUUUGCAUUUGAACCAGAUUCUUCUCAGAAACUCUGGAAGAAACAGAUUGAUGAAAGAAUUGCUUCAAAGACACGACGUAUUGCAUCCCGUACAAGAGUGCCUUUAAGUUUUACUUCCAGAUUUGCUUCUGUCGCUGGAUCAUUUUUCUUUCCUCUGAUAAGGGGCAUGAUAAACUCCUAUGGAAGUAUUUACCUUACAGUCCAUGAUGAAAUUGAAAUUGAUGACAACUCUGGAAUCCUUUUAAGGUUCAUUUUAUCACUAUCAGUAUUAAUGCAAUGCUCUCAAAAUGCACCUGCAGCUCCUCGAAUGGGAUCUGAACUUCUAGAGUUUGCCUGGAGCAUCAGAUACCAUCCAGAGGCUAGCAUCCGUUUGGCUGUGAUAGGAUGUGUAAUGAGUGUUUUAGUUGCUGUGCCUCAGUCCCGAUUACAAAGUGAUUUACGUCCUGCCCUGGUAGAAGCAAGGGCCUGGCUGCAAGGUAUUGCUUGUGGUCCUCUAGGCAUUCAGGACACUAAUUCAAAAUGCAGGGAGCUUGGUGCCAAAAUUGGAGCUUUGCUUGAUGUGGCCCUUUCUUAAUAGUGGAAUUUGUUUGUGUUUUUCUGGAGACUUUAUAAUUGUAGGCAGUUGUAAGUUAAAACUAACUUUUGUUCUAAAGCUCAGACUCUUUGUCAGUACGGUUAGAAAUCUCUUUGUACAAUCUGUUUUUAGAAUAAAUUUUCUUAUAUUCUUAAAAUAUGAAUUUUGUUUCAUCCA